AUGUCGUAUUACUUUGCCAUUAUUGGCACUCAGGAUAAUCCUCUCUUCGAGUAUGAGUUCGGGACGGCUAAACAGGGAGGAGAUGGUGUUGCCCGAUUUCCGGAGCAAGCACGGCAUAUGAACCAAUUCAUUGUCCACAGCAGUCUUGAUAUUGUAGAGGAAGCACAGUGGGCACAAGGGCAGAUGUAUUUCAAAUGCAUCGAUCGUUUCUACAACAACUACGUUUCCUGCUUCAUGACAGGUGGAAAUGUCAAAUUCCUCCUCCUUCAUGCUCCUUCUCAGCCCGCUAUCGCAAACACCUCCCGAGCCAGUACUUCUAUAGCUGCGAACCCAACAUCACCGCAAACGGAGGAGGCAAUCAAACAAUUUUUUACGGAAGUCUACGAGAAUUGGGUCAAGACGAUCAUGAGCCCCUUCUACCACGUUAACAUGGAAGUCAAGAGUCCAGUAUUCAGGAGUAGAGUUGCUGCUGCUGGGAAGAAAUAUUUGUGA